GCUGCUAGCGGUGCUUCUUCUCGCCGCUUCGUCUGCCGCCCGCGGGUUUGCCUUCUGCCGUUUGCCUCUUUGCCGUUUGCCUCUCCGGCUUGGCUGCCGGCGCUCCACCAAGGUUAGUGACACUGCUCCGGCCCCCAGUCGCGCAUUGCCCAGCGGGCUGUGUUUGCUGGACUGUGCUGGAGUGUACCGCCCCGUUCCGGACCGUACUGCGCCGUUCUGUGCUGUACGGUGGCGUGCUGCAAAGUCUGCGUGCUCGCUCCGCCGUCCUCUCCCUCUGCCUGGCCGUCUCCUUCUCUCCCUCCUCACCUCGCGCCCUUUCACAUCCUCUCUGCAAUCCCACCCACACACACACUCUCUCUCUUUCUCUCUCAAACCGCCGACGCUGACCUGCGCCAGAAGGGCGUCUUGUGUUCCUUCUUGUUCAUCGUCUUCUUCUUCUCCUUCCUCCUUUCUUCUUUGCUUUUCGCCUUCCUCUCCCCCCCGAUUCGUCUCGUGUUUCGGCCCCUCUUGGCUGCUGUCCUCUCUCUGAUCUCGAUUGGGCUGCAAGACAAGCCUGAAUUCUCUGUCUUCCCGCUCCUCGAGGCCCGGCCCAGGUACGUUGCUGGUCACCACCUCAGCCUGCUUGACUUCUUGCUCUUCCCUCCUUCCCUCCUCUCUUCCUCUUCCCUGCCCCGGCUUUGCUCGUUCUUCUCGUCCCCACUCUGCCACCUGACUGCCCUUUGGCUCUUCGCACCACAACUCAAACAUCCACCCCCCCAGCCCACUUCGGCCGCUUGUCCUUUCACCGCCUUGUUCAUCAUCUGCCUUCUUGGACCUCACCGGUUCUUCCGACAUCCACAACAACAACAACGUCUGCAACAACAAGGCUAACCCCUCCAGAUACUUGGCCAUCUCCCUGCCACCCACUCGCUCGUCUCGGCUGCUCUUAUAUCACACACACACACAGUCGUGCUCUAGCAGCAGACGACCUUCAGUAUGACGACCAUGGAUCUCCGGGUCGGCAACAAGUACCGCAUCGGCCGCAAAAUCGGCUCCGGUUCUUUUGGCGACAUCUACCUCGGCACAAACAUCAUCUCCGGUGAAGAGAUUGCCAUCAAGCUUGAGAGUGUCAAGGCCAAACACCCACAGCUCGAGUAUGAGGCUCGCGUCUACAAGUCCCUCGCUGGCGGUGUCGGUAUCCCGUUCGUGCGUUGGUUCGGCACCGAAUGUGACUACAACGCAAUGGUCCUCGACCUGCUCGGCCCUUCCCUUGAGGACCUCUUCAACUUCUGCAACCGCAAGUUCUCGCUGAAGACGGUGCUGCUUCUUGCCGACCAGCUCAUCUCCCGCAUCGAGUACAUCCACGCAAAGUCCUUCAUCCACCGCGACAUCAAGCCAGACAACUUCCUGAUGGGCAUCGGCAAGCGUGGCAAUCAGGUCAACGUGAUUGACUUCGGCUUGGCUAAGAAGUACCGUGACCCUAAGACGCACUUCCACAUCCCCUACCGUGAGAACAAGAACCUCACCGGUACCGCUCGUUACGCGUCAAUCAACACCCACUUGGGCGUCGAGCAAUCCCGCCGUGACGACAUGGAGUCUCUUGGCUAUGUCAUGCUCUAUUUCUGCCGGGGCUCCCUUCCCUGGCAGGGGUUAAAGGCCGCCACCAAGAAGCAAAAGUACGACCGAAUCAUGGAGAAGAAGAUGACAACCCCAACCGAGGUCCUCUGCCGCGGCUUCCCCAACGAGUUCGCCAUCUAUCUGAACUACACGCGCUCUCUCCGCUUCGACGAUAAGCCGGACUACUCCUACCUCCGCAAGAUCUUCCGCGAUCUCUUUGUCCGUGAAGGCUUCCAGUACGACUAUGUCUUCGACUGGACCGUCUACAAGUACCAGAAGAAUGCACAGGCAAUUGCACAGGCUCAGCAGAAGGAUCCGGAAAACAAGGAGGCCGACACCUCCAACCAACCCCAAGCUGGAACUGCCAAGCCAACUGGUACCCGCAGCGGCCGCCCCGCCAACGCAGUGGACAGCAGCGCUCGCGGUACGCGCGGCGGCACCGGGAUGUGAGUGCCAUGUCUGUAGGCUUUCAGCCUUGUGUUUACAGAGCAGUGCGCGCACUGGCACGAUGCAACUUCGCUCACACACGCGCAAGGAUGAGGCCAAUAAUUAUUGAACAUCGAUGACGAGGCAGUCUUGUCGUGCAUGAUUAUGAAAUCAGCUGGAGCGUGACUGCCGUGGUUCAUCUUUCUCCUAACAAACCACCACAACUCCUGUGAAACGCGGCGUCGCCGCUUGGUCGGCACCUAAUGGCGGCACCAUACACCAUGUCAUGUCGUAUUGUGGUUUUCGGAUCUCAAUUUCCCGGCGCGGCGUGACAGCGUCUGCAUAAUACGUGAAGAGCAUCGGUUCUGCAUCAACGGACAAACACGAAGCGAAGCGUAUUUUAAGUGGGCAGGGCUCUUCAUCCUCUACCUCUCGGAACGUGUGAAACGCGGCAUCGAGUGCACGAGUAACUUCUUACAUGGGCAGCCCCCCCCCUCACCGCAGUCACUGUCAGUAUUCGGCAAUGUUGCUCUCAGGUGGUUCCUCUCCUUGCGCGUACAUGGAUUUUUGGUUCUCAUUGUGUCGGUCUCUACUCAGUCAACCUAAUUUGCCCCCAUCCCCCCUUUGCCUUGCAAUUUGAGUUUUUAUUCCAGAAUCAGUAUAGCUUUACUCGAGAAAGAUAUGCACGAUACGGCACAACGGACAACAGCAGCACCACAAUACAUCCCUUGGCAUGUUCUACCAGCUUCUGGGGAGGUUCAACGAAUAAAAACAAAAGUGGUCCGGGGACGUUUGCCACAACCAAAAAAAAACACCAAAUUGUCAUUUUUUUUUUCCAAGAGGUAGUUGCGGCGGUAGACGAAAGCAGUGGGGAAGGGCAAGACGAGGUGGGACGCGACUUUACAGCGCCGGCUACGGAAUGAGCGCUUUUAGAACGCUUUUCACAAAGCUGAAUGAGAUGCUCAUCGCGGUGCAAGGGAAAGACACUGAGGGAGCAGAAAAGGUCUCGUGUCUGUACGUUGGUUCCUGGCGGUUUUGAUAGUUUAGCAAUUCUAUGCUCUCUUUUUUUUUUCCUUUAAUAGAA